GUCAGAGGUUACACCAACCAUGGCUGGAUUUAACACGGCCGUAAUUGCAGUAGAAUUAAUGUAACUAAGCACCAGACCAAUCAACUUGUGGUGUUAACUGUGUGAAGACCAAGUGGAUGUUUGGGCUCCGUACCCUGUUGGGAAUUGGUUUCCUUGUGACAUCACAAGGAGGCAAGGUCUUAUCGCAGAGGGCAUGCUCCCUCUCCCAGAGUCUCACACGCACAGAAUUGCCCUGUAGAGCACUGCACAGCAUGGCACACCCAGUGAAGUAUCUCGGACAGAAAGAAGCUCAGGGUAUUGACGAGGAGCUCUUCUCAGACUACAGCUUCAGUGUGGACCAGCUCAUGGAGCUGGCCGGACUCAGCUGUGCCACAGCUGUCGCCAAGGCCUAUCCUGCUGAGUCUAUGGUGAAGGCAAACCCCACUGUACUGAUUAUCUGUGGCCCUGGAAACAAUGGUGGGGAUGGCCUGGUCUGUGCACGACACCUUCAACUAUUUGGCUAUGAACCUACUAUACUGUACCCAAAGAGGCCGAACAAACCCCUAUUCAACAACUUGACCAUCCAGUGUGAGAAGAUGGGAAUUUCCUUCUUAUCUGAGAUGCCUGAGGCUAAGAUGAUCGAUGAGGCCUACAACCUAGUGGUGGACGCCAUCUUUGGCUUCAGCUUCCAGGGUGCCGUACGUGAGCCAUUUGGUGCCAUUUUGUCCACACUGAAGAAGACCACUGUGCCCAUUGCCAGUGUUGACAUCCCCUCAGGUUGGGACGUGGAGAAAGGCAGCCCCGACGGAAUCCAACCUGACAUGCUCAUCUCCCUCACAGCCCCCAAACAAGCUGCCUCCCAGUUCAGGGGACGGUACCACUUCCUAGGGGGGCGCUUUGUUCCCCCUGCCCUAGAGAAGAAGUACCAGCUCAACCUGCCCAAGUACCCCUCUACUGACUGUGUCUACCAGCUCACCUGAGCGCAGAGGGACUAUAAACAGUGUCAAAUUAGUCCUACCGAGUCUGUUCUACUCUACGGUUGGGGUUGAAAUCAAAGUUUUUUUCUCUUUUGGAUGAGUACAAUGUAAAGAGCAAAUAAUGUCAUUCUAAUGAGUUAUGUAGCUAUGUAAGACUUAUUUCCUUUCUCCAGCUGUUUUGUCUGAUAUCCUGAUUGUACAAGUAGUUCAUUGACACUAACUGGCCUUCAGAUUGCAUUCUGUGACUGCUGACCAAAGACAUGUGCCAAAAAUAAAAUGGAAUCUAUCUGCAAGAGACAUGAUGGAACUGUAUAGCUAAUGCUCUAAGGUUGGACUUUAAGACAGCUACUUUAUCGGAAUAAAAAUAGAUACACGGUCAGCAGUAUUUGUUAAAUAUUAGUAGAUGCCCAGCACAUCUGAUUGGUCACAGUGUUAUCAUUUUCACCCUGCACACACAGAAAGUUAUGCUAUGGUUGUUUCAUGAAAAAUAGUCUUCCAGAAGAAUAAAGAUUGUGUUAAAGGUA